CUGGUAUUGUGGUAGACGUCUGAUGGAAAAUGUAAUGAAAUAUGGAUCUCUCAGGGGAUUUGUGGCACUUAAAUAAAGCAAGAAAUAUUCCAUGCAGUGCUUGUGUAACGUGAUUCACAUCUAAAUGGCAUGCAAGAAAAUAUCCCUAAUGAAAUUCAAGGACGGUGUUAUUUCAAUGUCAAUCUCAUCUGUUUCAUUUUCGUCAUCAGUAAACAUGGCGGAUAGAAGCCAGUUUUAUUCCAUCUGAACGAAUGUGAUUAGUUGUUACCUGAAAUGUUUUCGGCGCCCUCAACAUCAGAGACGCACAGCUAUGAUUUCGAGAAAGAAGAAAAUGCCGCAAAAUGGAAAGGAGUUUUUGUCAAUUCACUGCGCAAGGUGCUGGAGCAGGUGCAUCACUCACUCACGGCGCGUGACGACGCCCUCGACUACGUCGAAAGUCUCAUCUUGCGAUUGUUGGGAAUGUUGUGCGCCCGCCCCUCCCCCCAUACAGUGCAGGAUGUGGAGGAUAGGGUACGGCGCACCUUCCCAACACCCAUUGACAAAUGGGCACUGGCCGACGCGAAAGAAGCGUUGGAGCGUGGGAAGAAAAAAUGUGUUUUGCCCGUUGACAAGAUACAUCACAUGCUUCAGAAGGAAGUUCUACAGUACAAAAUUGAUUCUCAGGUCUCUCUGUAUCUCGCAGCAGUUCUUGAAUACAUUUCAGCUGAUAUUUUAAAGUUGGCUGGGAAUUAUGUCAAAAAUAUUCAUCAUGUUGAAAUUUCAUGCCAGGAUAUUAGAGUUGCAAUGUGUGCUGACAAGGUGCUGAUGGACAUGUUCUACCAAGACGACGAUGGAGUUUCUGCUGGUGUUGCCGAUGACGUAGAUCCUCUGACGCCUCGCACGUCACUCACGUACGAAGAGGUCGUAAAAGACCUAAUUCAUGAUGAGAAGCAGUAUUUACGUGAUUUACACAUGAUAAUCAAAGUAUUCCGUGAAGAAAUUGCAAAACUUGUCAGUUCUGACAGUAAGGAGCUCGACGCAAUGUUUAGUAAUAUAAUGGACAUUUAUGAACUGACUGUAACUUUCUUGGGUUCAUUGGAAGAUAUGGUUGAGAUCAGUGAAGAGAAACAAGUACCUGCGAUUGGAAGCUGCUUUGAAGAAUUAGCAGAGGCUGCCGAAUUUGAUGUCUAUGGGAGGUAUGCACGUGACAUCACACAGCCACAGAGCAGAGAGGCGCUAAUGAAGCUCAGCAGUCGGCCCGAAGUCUCUGAUGCUCUUCAGUCGGCUGGCCAUGGAUUCAGAGAAGCUGUGAAGUAUUACCUUCCAAAGCUGCUGCUUGGUCCUAUUUGGCACUGUUUUCUGUACUUCGACUAUAUAAAGAUUUUGCAUAGAUUGACACCCAUUGACGAAGACAGAGAGAGCUUGGAACAGGUGGAAGGCCUGUUGAAGCCACUUCAAACGGAACUUUUGCAGACAGUUGGAAACUUACCAAAGAGAGAGAGUGGAAUUCGAAUGCAUGGUAGAGUGAGGAGACAGAUUGCUCUGGAUAAGACAAAUGAGCUUCAAAAAUCAAUAGACGGUUGGGAAGGGAAGGACAUUGGCCAAUGCUGCAAUGAAUUUAUUCGUGAGGAUGUGUUGGGAAAAGUUGGCAGUGGUCGAAGACUGACCGAAAGGCGUGUUUUUCUCUUCGAUGGCUUGAUGGUAUUGUGCAAGCCCAACAGUAAACGCACAUCUGUAUCUGUUACGGGUCCUGUCGGAGGCGAGUUUCGCCUCAAGGAACGCUUCUUUAUCCGUAAAGUGGAAAUUGUUGAUAGAGAGGAUACUGAAGAGCUGAAGAAUGCAUUUGACAUUGCACCAAGAGUUCAGCCCAGUGUUACUCUUGUUGCAAAGUCCGUUGAAGAUAAGAACAACUGGAUGGCAGAUUUGGUCAUGCUCAAUACCAAAAGCAUGUUGGAACGCACGUUGGAUAGCAUACUCUUGGAUGAAGAGAAGAAACAUCCCUUGCGACUACCUUCGCCAGAUAUUUACAGGUUUGCUGAAAGUGAUUGCAAGGACAACAUUGUCCUUGAAGAAAGAGAAAAUGCUGGUGUCCCACUUAUUAAGGGAGCCACACUGUAUAAAUUGGUCGAGAGGCUAACUUAUCAUAUAUAUGCUGAUCCCAUGUUUGUACGCACUUUUCUCACAACCUACAGAAGCUUCUGUUCGCCACAGGAACUCCUUGGUCUCCUGGUAGAGAGAUUUAACAUUCCCGAUCCAUCCAUCGUGUACGAGGAUAAUAAAGAUUCAUUAGAAUCAGAUAAGACGCUAAAAAAUUCGCAGCGAGAAGACUGGAAAAGGUAUCGAAAAGAGUACUGUCAGCCAGUACAGUUCAGGGUGCUAAACGUACUAAGACAUUGGGUAGAUCACCAUUUUUAUGACUUUGAAAGGGAUCCAGCAUUGUUAGAGCAACUUAACAAUUUUUUAAAUACAGUAAAUGGAAAAUCAAUGAGGAAGUGGGUCGAUUCAGUGUUGAAAAUUGUGCAGCGAAAGUCUGAUCCAGCUGAACAGCAGAGAGAAAUUAGAUUUGCUUUUGACCGUUCGCCACCUCCGACUGAAUGGCAUAUCCGCUGCCCUGAAGAAGAAUGGAAUAUUCUGACUCUACAUCCAAUAGAAAUUGCUCGUCAGCUGACAUUGUUGGAGUUCGAACUCUACAGGGCAGUAAAACCAUCAGAACUUGUUGGAAGUGUGUGGACCAAAAAGGAAAAAGAACAGACUUCCCCGAACCUUCUUCGCAUGAUCAAACAUACGACAAAUUUCACACGAUGGCUAGAAAAAAAUAUUGUGGAAGCAGAAAACUUUGAAGAAAGAGUUGCAAUAGUAUCUCGGAUAAUUGAGAUUAUGUUAGUUUUACAGGAACUGAACAAUUUUAAUGGUGUAUUGGCUGUUGUGUCGGCAAUGGGAUCUGCAUCAGUCUUCAGGCUUAAAUUUACUUUCCAGGCCAUAUCAGCUCGUUUGGAGAAAGCUCUUGAGGAUGCAAGAGAGCUAAAUAGUGAUCAUUUUCGAAAAUAUCAAGAGAAACUUCGGUCGAUUAAUCCUCCGUGUGUUCCUUUUUUUGGUAUGUACCUGACUAACAUCCUUCAUAUUGAAGAGGGAAAUCCUGACUACUUGCCAAACUCUCCAGAACUUAUUAACUUCAGCAAACGACGGAAAGUAGCUGAAAUAACGGGUGAAAUACAACAGUACCAGAACCAACCUUAUUGUUUAAAGACUGAACCAAAGAUUCGGCAUUUUUUGGAAACACUGGCACCAUUUGAAGAUAUGAAAGAUGCAGAUAUCAGCAAUUACUUGUACAAUAAGUCAUUGGAAAUAGAGCCUCGUGGUUGCAGACAGCCACCUAGAUUUUCUCGAAAAUGGCCAGAUUUGAAUCUUAAAUCACCUGGUAUUAAACCACGCAACCUCCCUGGUCGCAGUCAUCCUCCUGGCCCAUUGCCUUCUUUGGGAGAGCGUCAUCUGUUUCCUUCCACAAACCGCUUGCCAGAGGAUGGAGAAGAAACAACCACCCCACGAACACCACACACCUGCUCGGCUCCACAUACACCUCCACACCAUGUACCAACACCUGCAUCCUCAGCUGCCGACUUCUCUGUUUUCGCAAACAUUAUGAUUGGGCAAGCUGCUCCUUCUUUUGGAAGUUCUGGCAACCAGUCUCCUGGCCCCAUAUCUUCAACACCAGCCCCAAGUUAUCCCAGUCUGGUACCAGCUUCAACUUCGGCAACAGCUUCUGCAUCUGCGUCUCCAGCUACGUCUCCUGCAAAUACUGGUGGCACGAGCCCGUCUUUUUCUCUUCAAGGACACAGUCACUCCAGCAUGCAGCAGAUACCUCAGUCCGGCACUCAGAUGCAGAGUUCCUCCCCCUCCUGCACUGCAGCUCCAGUGCCGAGCCCUCGGCUGCCGCCGCCCCUGCCUCCGAGGAUCCGGCGGCGAGAGAGUUCAGUCAGUGAAAGCUCUGUCUCUUCAGCAGUCAGUUCACAUCAGAUCCGGCAGGCUCCAGAUGCACCACAGCUACCUCCUCGUGAUCCCUCACCGCCGCCGCCUCUACCUCCACGUCUCGGUCUGGUGUCUUCUGCGAGCCUCCUGUCGGUGUCAUCUGCAGGAGCAUCGGGCACCGUGCCACGUGUGCAGCCAGUUGGCAGUUCUGCCAUACUUGUAAGACGUAACUCUGCCAUGGAGAUAACGCAUCCUCCGGGCUCUCCUGCAUCCUCUGUAGCACCAGCACCACCACCGUCACGUCGCCAUAUGUCUGUGACGGGAAAUGGGCCUGUACAUUCGUCCACACACAACCUUUCUUCCUCCGUAUCCAGCAUCAGCCACCAGGCGUCUAGAUCACUUCACAGUGACGAAUGCUUAACUGGCUCACUGCCACGUCAUCACAACCAUCACACUGUCCAUCGCACACCGCGCCUGCCACCCAGACCGAUUGUCAACAGGCACAUUCCACCACCCACAUCAUUUCAUUUUAAUAGUCAAAGCUAGUGCCUGCUUCUCAUGGGGAUGAAGUAUUUGUAUACGUACUAAUUUAUUUAAAGUGUUGGUGUAUAAGAAUAUUUUGCUGACGACAGGUGGAAAAUCCGUGAGUGGCUUUAAUAUGACGGUGUUUGUGAACUGCAGCUAUGUAGCCUUUAUUUUUGCAUAGAGCUUAAAAAAAUACUACUACCAUAUGACUGUGAGCCAUUCGUUGAAAGUUUGUGGUGAACUGUGUGCCUCUUGGUGGACUAGUUGAUGGGUGUUGAUGGGGACUUUCAUAUGUUACAUUUUUCCACUGUGGUGACAUCUGAGCAGGAUUUUUGUGAAAGUCAAAGAAUAAUCCAUAAAGUUAAUGAUGGCUGUGUGAUUGCUGAUAUGUUAUGAGACAAGUAAGAUAUUUAUUUAUUUCUGACAAGGCGGGUGGACACCAUUUAACUGGACCAAAUGCUAUAAUCUGUCCAGCCAUUCAGAGUUUGGGACGUAUGGAUAAGAAUGUUGACAGUGUGUCUUGUUGCCUGAUGUAACCACCUGAGGAACCCAGACAAAUUAAAUGUCUAUUUUUGCUAGCAACUUGUUCAUAUUUUGGACAUUUUGUGUGAUAGUUGAGUAGAACGGGUUUACAGACUAGGAUAGUGUGUUUACAGUAUUUAGAACUGUUAAAUGGAAUGUGUUUGUAAGAGUUAUAGCCAGAGGAACAAUGAAUAUAGUACAAAUGUUUUCUAUUGCUUCUGCUAAAGUAGAAUUCUGUUAAUAUUUUGAUUUGUUUCCUUACAUAACCCCUAUUUUCUAUUAUUAAGAUUGGGGCACUAUGCACAAGAAUAAUGUGUAAUAGAUGUAUUCACAAUUGGUGUCAUUUUACCCUCAAAUCAUAUGUUGUUACCUUUUUGCUAAAACUGCAUCUCCAUACAUCCUUUCAAGACUUUUUACAGUUUUAUUUCAUUGAAAAAAAAAAAAAAUCUCGAUAGUGUUUAAAAACAUUUUUUCGCUAUCAUUGUCUGGAAAGGAAAUUGCCAGUGUUGAGAGUUUUAAUCACCAAGGAAGCCUUAGAGUUUGUAAAUUAAAUUAGGGUUUGUUUUUCUUUGAAGACUUAUUUGCACAUAUGUUAAAAUCCUGUCUAUGUAACAUUUUUUCUCUCUCUCCUCUAUGAAGUUGUGUGGAAAAUGGAAGAGUAAUGUAAAUUGUACUUCAAUUGUUUUCCUGUUUUACACAUCUCAGGUGAUUAAGUAUUAAGAAAAUGACAUCACUUGCCUAAUAUAAUUGGUUUGAUGUAGCCUGUAGCAGGGUAACAGUUUCAUCUUGUUUGCUAUGUAGAUGUUUUAUACUGCAUUUAAAGAAGAAAAAUGUGUUUCGUUAUUGAUUCCUUAAAAAUAAUUUUGUGGAACAUUUGAAUGUUUGCUGGUUUCAAGUUGGACAUAAUUUUCUGGACAAUUCAUAAAUAGCUUAAAAAAUUGCCUUAUUUUAUCAUACAUAUAUGUGAAUAAGAUACAGUCUGAUAAUUUGAGUGCAUCUUGGAAUAGUGAAAUGUUCAUACUUCAUCUUGGAGAAUGUGGGCACAACAAAUAGUGCUGCUACUCACUUGCCCCCCACCCCCUUGUUCCAAAAAAAGAAGCCACAGCUCGAUAUUGCCACAUAGUUAUUUA